AUGAAUGCUGACAGUAGAAAUAACAGUCGCGGUAUGAGAUCCAAAUCGUUACAAGAUUUGCCUGAAGCCAGUACAAGUGCAGCUGCGCCUACACGUAAAAGACGUAUGCCGAGAUUUUCUUUACGCCGACUUUUGUAUUCAAAUACAUUUUUGGCUAGACACUUGGGAAGUUCACAAAAUGGCAAACGUCGAACUAUUAUUACUGGUGGUCCUAGUGUAGCAGAUGUAACUGAUUUUGAAAAAGCUCCUUUGGGGUUUGGACAAAAUUACUCAGACCCUAAAAAGGUUACUCCAUUAAGUAACAUAAAAAUUGUUGUUCCAGUUGAUGGUCUGUUAGAGUGUCCAUUAUGUCUAGCCAAAUUUGAUGAAAAUUAUUUUGCCAAACUGUCAACUUGUAAUCAUCGUUCCUGUUUUGACUGUUUUCAACAAUAUUUACGUAUAGAAAUAUGUGAAUCACGUGUAAACAUCACCUGUCCAGAGUGUACUGAGGCUAUGCAUCCAAAUGACAUACAAAGUGUGCUCAAUAAUCUAGCCCUUUAUGAAAAAUAUGAAGACUUUAUGGUACGGAGGGUGUUAGCAGUUGAUCCUGAUACUAGAUACUGCCCUUCACCUGACUGCAGUUAUGCUGUGAUAGCGGCGGGUUGUGCCAGUUGCCCAAAAAUAAAAUGUGAGCGUCCUGGUUGUGAUUCAUACUUUUGUUACCAUUGCAAAGCUGCGUGGCAUCCUAAUCAAACAUGUGAUUCCGCUAGAGCAAAACGAUCAUCUAAUAUGAGAACCUCAUCUUUAACAUUUAGUACAGAUUCACAGUCACGUGAAGACAUUAAGCCAUGUCCUCGUUGCCAGGUUUUAAUUGUGAAAAUGGACGAUGGAUCAUGCAAUCAUAUGACAUGUGCAGUUUGUGGAGCAGAAUUUUGUUGGCUAUGUAUGAAAGUAGUUAGUGAUUUACAUUAUCUUAGUCCUUCAGGUUGUACUUUUUGGGGUAAAAAACCUUGGUCCAGAAAGAAAAAACUUUUAUGGCAAUUAGGUACAUUGGUAGGAGCUCCAGCUGGUAUUGGUCUAAUCGCAGGAAUUGCUAUACCUGCAAUAAUUAUCGGUGUACCUGUUUGGACUGGACGUAAAAUGUAUACUCGUUACAGACAUUCAAGUCGAUUAAAACGAAAUUUUGCAAUUGCCGGUGGGGUAUUAGCUGCAGUGAGUAUUUACUUCUCAAUUAUUAUUUUUUAG